CGCACACUUUUGAGGAAUCUCGCUUGCCUGGGAAUUUCGCUGGGAAUUUAACGACCGUUGGCGAGAGAGCCUCAUUUCAUCUCCGUCUCCAACCCAAUUGACCUCUCGGCCUCCUCUCCUAUUCCUCACCCUGCUAUCUUGCAAAUAUGGCGGAGCAGCUGAUCCUUAAGGGCACCCUCGAGGGCCACAAUGGCUGGGUCACCAGCCUGGCUACCUCUAUGGAGAACCCCAACAUGCUCCUGUCCGGUAGCCGCGACAAGACGCUCAUUAUCUGGAACCUGACCCGCGACGAGACCUCGUACGGUUACCCUAAGAGGUCGCUCCACGGCCACUCGCACAUCGUCUCCGACUGCGUCAUCUCGUCGGACGGCGCCUACGCUCUGUCGGCCUCGUGGGACAAGACCCUGCGCCUGUGGGAGCUCGCCACCGGCACCACCACCCGCCGCUUCGUCGGCCACACCAACGACGUCCUGUCCGUCUCCUUCUCUGCCGACAACAGGCAGAUCGUCUCGGGUUCGCGCGACAAGUCUAUUAAGCUGUGGAACACCCUGGGCGACUGCAAGUACACCAUCACCGAGAAGGGCCACUCCGACUGGGUGUCGUGCGUGCGCUUCUCGCCCAACCCCCAGAACCCCGUCAUCGUCUCGUCGGGCUGGGACAAGCUGGUCAAGGUCUGGGAGCUCUCUAGCUGCAAGCUUCAGACCGACCACAUCGGCCACACCGGCUACAUCAACACCGUCACCAUCUCCCCCGACGGCUCCCUGUGCGCCUCGGGUGGCAAGGACGGCACCACCAUGCUGUGGGACCUGAACGAGUCCAAGCACCUCUACUCCCUGAACGCCAACGACGAGAUCCAUGCACUGGUCUUCUCCCCCAACCGCUACUGGCUGUGCGCUGCCACCGCCUCGAGCAUCAUCAUCUUCGACCUGGAGAAGAAGAGCAAGGUCGACGAGCUCAAGCCCGAGUUCGCUGCCGUCGGCAAGAAGAGCCGCGAGCCCGAAUGCGUCUCGCUCGCCUGGAGCGCUGAUGGCCAGACCUUGUUUGCCGGCUACACCGACAACAUCAUCCGUGCCUGGGGUGUUAUGUCGAGGGCGUAAGAACGGGGCUUCGCCUAGGGGGUUUAUGAUGAUGAUGGGGGGUGGGAAUUCCUUUUUUUUUUUGUUCAACGCUGCGUGGGUUGUGCCGGGAGGGACUCACAAGACGGAUCCAUGGUGGCGGGCGUCAAGGAAUGCUUGUCUUGGUUCGGAUUUUUUUCACACCUUCAUGGACGAUGGAAGACACAGCACAGGAGCAUCAAAAUCAUUUUUUUCUUCAUGGGAGGUCUUGCACAGUCGCAUCACGACGCAUUCUGGUUUAUUUCAAAAGAAACCUCGGCGUUCGGUGUGGAUUUGCUCUGUGCUGUGGAAUAGCCUUCCUUGUCCCUCAUCCGCUGAUACCAAAAAGAGAAAAAAAAACUUGCCAUGAGAGACGACUGCCGUCACUCUUGGAGUGAGAGCAGUGACGAUUCAACUAACUUCUGUUUACGGCGCAAGCAAAGGACCGCUAACCUGACAAGGGGCGAUGCAGUCUUCAGUCUGCAAACAGCCUUACUAGGCGAGUCCAAGAUCGAACGCACUAUGGGCUCUCUGACGCCCCGACGCCGAGCAUUGACUCCAUGGGUCGCGGUGAUUGUAUAAGCUCAAUACAUGCUCAAUCUGGGUGGAAGCCGGGACAGAAUCUCGGAAUCCAUCCGCGGAUCUAACGACAGUGUUUGCAUUCUAUAGGAUAUAUAUACCAUGGGGCUGGGCUUUGACGCGUCCCAAGCCCAGUGAACUGAGCGCCUAUCUAUGGAUAUGCAUCUAUGUCUAGUCGAGAGACGUCUCUGUGCCCAAAAUGAUUUGCACCUUCAUGAAUGCCAAAUGGGGGAGCAAAAAGAAAAGAGGAAAAAAGCCAGCGGGGAAUGGCCGCAAAUCACGCAAGCCUAGUUGGGCUGGGCAGGCGCAGGAUCCGACUCCGGCAGAGCAUGCCCAAGCGCGACGGGCUGGGUCCAGCAGGUGCCCAGGCCGCCCGACAUGGUUGACUCAGACUGGACGAGCCGGUAGGGCUCGGAGGCCGGGGCAUCGGCGGGGCCGUCAUCGGCAAAGUCGAAGACGCGGUAGUCGGCGUUGGAGAACCACCAGCCGCACACGCCGGCACGCAGGAAGCCCGAGUGCGACACGACGGCCACCACCCGCUCCGGGCGCGCGCGCAGGUCCGCGAGGCAAGCCUGCCCGCGGGCCAGGAUGGCCCGCCGGUCGUGCGCGUACGCGGCGCCGGCCGGGGACGUCUUGUCCGGGAAGACGGGGUCGACGGCGGAGAAGUCGACGAAGGGGACUUUCGGGGGGCGGGGUUUUUUUUUUGUUUGUGUGGUGCUAGUUUUGUGAGAGAGGGGUGUAGAUAUUGCAUCAUCAGGGACUCGUACUUACAUUCUUUUGCCAGCGCCUCGAGCGAACUGCCCGUGUCGCAGGGUUUCGCCGAGUUCUCUUUUGUUGGGCGGGAUAGAAUUCAGUGUCGGGUUCAGGCCGCGACUCGGAUCUUCACGGGCACUCUCAAGGUGGGUAGAUACUCACCCUGCCAUCCAGCGUGGGCUACCACGGGCACCUUCCUGCCACCAGGGGGCGGGUCGAUGAGAUAGCCCAGGCCAAUCUGGGCGGUCUGUAUACACCGCCUCAUGGGGCUGACAAUGAUGAGAUCGAUGUCUAGCUUCCUGGGCAGUGUCUCCUGCAAAUGUUUGCACAGGGUUCCGGACUGCUCCCUCCCUAGCUCCGUAAUGUCCGGAUCGGGGAUUUCAUAGUCUUGUGGACAUCGAGUUCAGUUAGCAAGCAGCCCGUGGUGGUUCCCGGGAUGGACGAAGGAGUAAACGGGUGGGUGCACUUAUUGUCAACGUUAUGUAGUGCCUGAGCAUGGCGGAUGAAGAUUAGCUUGGGCGGCAUUUUCGGUCCUUUGUUCUAGGCGAAAGAAGUUUGCUGAGGUGAGGCAGCUCUAGGGAGUAGUUAGGCGGGCUGUGGACUGAAAAGAUGUUGCAUUGGAGUAUGAGCAGCCAAGGUUAUUUUUAUGCUGGACAGCAUGUCAAGCAAGGAUGACGGCUUAUAUACGUUCGUGCAGGCAACAGAAGCGCGUCUUAUGAUGGAGGAAGCCAGACCCGAGUCACCGACAAUGCGGCCUGCUGCGCCCCUCUGCUAGUUUGUCGUGUUAGUUUGUUGGCCAAUUAGCCAA